AUUAAAGGUUAUGGCUCAAGACAGAGUGCAGGAACGUGUGCUUCAGUACCAGCAAACUCUGAUGUAUGGACGCUAUACACAGGAGCUGGGCGCCUAUGCCAAAGAAGAGGCAGCUCGCCUGCGUGAGGAUGGAGCGCUGCGGAGGACCGCCAGUGUGCGAGGCCAGGCCCCUGAACUGCUGGAGUAUGAGAAGGACCCGUGUGCCAAGUGUCAAGUCUGUACGUCACGGUGUAAGAAGUUCCUGAUUUCCCGUGUGGGUGAAGACUGGAUCUUCCUCAUCCUUCUGGGGCUUCUCAUGGCAUUGGUCAGCUGGGCUAUGGACUACACUAUUGCCUUCUGCCAGCAAGCACAGAAGUGGAUGUAUGGUGGUCUGCAUAGUAAUAUGCUUCUGCAGUACCUGGCCUGGGUCACCUACCCUGUUGUUCUCAUCACCUUCUCUGCUGGCUUCACACAAAUACUUGCACCACAGGCAGUGGGCUCUGGGAUCCCCGAGAUGAAGACCAUCCUCCGAGGUGUGGUGCUGAAAGAGUACCUCACUUUCAAAACAUUUGUCGCCAAAGUGAUUGGCUUAACUUGUGCCCUUGGCAGUGGCAUGCCUCUGGGCAAAGAGGGACCAUUUGUUCAUGUUGCCAGUCUGUGUGCUGCUCUGUUGAGCAAAUUUAUGGCUUUGUUUGGAGGAAUCUACAUGAAUGAACUGAGAAACACAGAGAUGCUGUCAGCCGCCUGUGCAGUGGGGGUGGGCUGUUGCUUUGCGGCCCCAAUUGGAGGAGUGCUGUUUAGCAUUGAGGUCACAUCAACGUUCUUUGCAGUAAGGAACUACUGGAGAGGAUUCUUCGCUGCAACCUUCAGUGCCUUUAUCUUCAGGGUGCUGGCAGUGUGGAAUAAGGAUGAGGAGACGAUCACAGCUCUCUUUAAAACUCGCUUUCGUCUGGACUUUCCCUUUGACCUACAAGAGCUUCCAGCUUUUGUUGUGCUCGGUAUUGCCAGUGGUUUUGGAGGGGCUUUGUUCGUCUACCUGAACAGGCUGAUAGUGGAGUCUAUGAGGAAACAGAAAAUCAUCAACAAGUUUUUGCUAAAAAAAAGACUAGUGUAUCCUGCGGUGGUCACUCUUCUCGUGUCCACACUUACCUUUCCUCCAGGGUUUGGACAGUUUAUGGCAGGCCAGCUGACUCAACAUGAGUCACUAGUUGCACUGUUUGACAACCUGACCUGGUACAAGCAAGGUGUUGCCGAGGAGUUUGAGUAUGCCAGUCAUGUACCCGAAGCCUGGAAGCACCCGCAAGUCAGUGUUUUCAUAACACUCUUGCUCUUCAUUGUCAUGAAGUUCUGGAUGUCAGCUCUGGCCACGACGAUGCCUGUGCCUUGUGGGGCCUUCAUGCCGGUUUUCCUCAUUGGCGCUGCAUUCGGUCGACUGGUUGGUGAGAGUAUGGCUGCCAUCUUCCCUGAAGGGAUUCAUGCUGACAGCACAGUAUAUCCAAUAGUUCCCGGCGGUUACGCAGUUGUAGGGGCGGCGGCUCUCUCUGGUGCUGUCACUCACACUGUGUCCACCGCUGUCAUUGUGUUUGAGCUGACCGGUCAAAUCUCGCACAUCCUGCCUGUGAUGAUCGCUGUGAUAUUGGCCAAUGCUGUGGCUCAGAGUCUGCAGCCUUCUUUAUAUGAUUCCAUCAUCAGGAUCCAGAAGCUUCCCUAUCUGCCAGAGCUGGGCUGGGGACAGGAGAAAUAUAAUAUCCGUGUAGAGGACAUAAUGGUGAGAGACGUGCGAUAUAUCACUCUCUUCUCCACUUAUCGGGACCUACAGGAAGCUCUUGUAACAGGCCAGCUUAAAACCCUUGCACUGGUGGAGUCCAAAGAGUCCAUGAUCCUGCUGGGUUCUAUGGAGCGUUCUCAGCUGCAGUCCCUACUCUCACAGCAGCUCGGACGUGCUCGCAGACUGGAGUACUUGAGAGAGCGUACCCAGGACAACGGCACCCAUGUGCCCACGUUCUCCCAGGAGUCUCCCCCCAAGACUGCCCAUGGUGUACGCUUCCUGAUCUCCACUGAAGAGUCCUCCUACAGCCCCACUCUGACUAACUCUCAGAUCCCCCUCAAGUCUGCCCUGAAGACAGUGUCUGCGAUCAGCAACACAGAGUCACUGAAUAGCUCUCCAAAUCUCUCCACCAGGGAACCUGUAAAUGAGGUAGUCGAGAGCAAUGCUGGCCCCAUGGCUCCUAAGAGGAGCAAGAGGCCCAAGCGUGUGAAGAUAACCAUGGCGGACACUCCUAAUGUAGAAGAUGACAUGUCAACAGCAGAGAUAUCAGUGUGGGAAGAGCAACAGUUGGAUGAGGCUGUAGAUUUCAACAAUUGUAAAAUAGACCCCGCCCCCUUUCAGCUGGUGGAGCGGACAUCUUUGCAUAAGACACACACUAUUUUCUCACUACUUGGCCUGGAUCAUGCUUAUGUCACCAGUACUGGCCGUCUAGUUGGGGUUGUCUCAUUAAAGGAGCUGCGUAAGGCCAUUGAGGGCUCUGUAACAGUGACUGGAGUGAAAGUCCGUCCACCGUUGGCCAGCUUCCGCGACAGCGGCAACAGCAGCAGCAUUUCAGAGGUUACCGAACUCCACAAGCUCUGGAGUCGUCACAGGAGCAUAUCAUUGCCAAGGGAACUCAACCUCCCUGACCUGGAAGACCAAGGGGAGCAGCCGUCCGAGGGCAGCCUUGUGAAUGAGACCGAGUGCACGGAGCUAUCCAGCCAGAACAGCCUGUUACACACAGACGACCAAUCAGAGCUUCCCUACACCAAUGCCACACCCCAAGAGGAGCUCCAAUCACAGCUCCCCUGUGACUGCAGCCUCCCACUUGAGGACAGCUUGGAGGAAGUCAACGAGCAUUGCCCAACCCAGAAUGAGGAACCACUGAGUGAGGCAAGCCCCUCCCACUCAAAGGGGCAACCAGAAUGACAGCUGGCUGUGAUUGGCAAUGCGCACUCCAUUUACACCAUACACAGUAUUGUGAAGUCAGGGUGAAGAGAACUUGGAGGCAAAUCUUGAAGCGGUGAAGCACACUGUCUGCUGUGUACUAAUCAAAACCUCAGUAACUGGUCUUGCCCUCCCACAAAACACGCUGUGUGUGUGGGUGUGUGUUUGUAUGUGUGGGAUGUUCAUAGAUAUGCUGCAGUGUGUAUGUACACUGUGUGGAUUUAUGUUGGUAGGAUACAUUUUAAAACUUUGUAUCAGGAUAUGUAUGACUUUAUGUCAGUGUUAAUUGCCAUUUAUAACCCAUUUUACCUCCAUAAUGAGAUAUAUUAGAGUGAAACAGGAUAUUUAAUGAGAAAAAAUAUAGGAUGAAACUUGAUUUACCCAUUGUGAAUUGAUUGGAUUGCAAAAAUGGUUGACCAGAAUGGAGCCAGACCGAAUGUAAGUUUUAAACAUGAAUAGCUAUUGGUUAACAUUACCCAAUAGCCCCUAAAAUAAUAUUCUGGGUUCAAUACAAGUUAAGCUCAGUCAACAGCAUUUGUGGCAAAAUGUUCACUACAACAAAAAUUUAUUUUGAAUUUGACUUUUCUUUAAAAAAAGAAAAUCUGGGUUCUAGUGAGACACUUGCCAUGGACGUGAAUGGGGCCAAGUUUUUAACAUUAAAAUACUCACAUUUCAAAAGUAUAUCCACAAAACAUUAUUUUAGUUUGAUAAAAACACUUACUAACUUUCUGCGUGUAAAGUUAUAUCCAAUUUUACAACUUUGUUGCCAUGACGACGUAAUGUCAACCAACCCUAAAACCCUAAAAUGACUGUAAAAUUAUGAUUUAAACAACUUCACAGCUCAAAUAAUUAAUGAGUUUUAACAGAAAAAUGAAUGUGUUUUUAUAAAUUUAAGCUUCACAUUUCUGAUUUUAAAUCCUCCAAAAAUUGUCCACAUUCACUUCAAUUGUAAGUGCCUCAAUGUAACCUCGAUUAUUUAUUUUUUUUUUUAAGAAAAGGAGUUGAAAUACAUUUUUGUGGUAACCAACAUUAUGCAACAAAUGCUGUCGAUUGAACUCAACUUGUUCUGAACCCGGAACAUUCCUGUAAGCCACUUUUUGCAUUGUCUAAUCAAUGCUUUACUUGUCUUGUCUAUUAUAUAUUGAAUUGUCUUUAUUUGGGGGCCUUUCACAGCAAACAUUAAUAUAUGCGAUUAAUUUGAUUCAUCAAUAUCGCAAAUAAUCCAUUAGAUUACCAUUUUUAAUUGAUUGAGAGCCCUAUAAUAACAAACUAGGAUUGUUUUUUGGAAUAACAUGCACUAAUCAUUCAUAAUAAUACCAGGGAUGUGCAUUAAAGUAAAUAGACUAGGAUUAAAUGUUGAUUUUAAAGUUUAAAAUUUAUGUCAGACCAUGACAGGCUCAUGAAUGAUCAUAUGUGCAUGUGAUUUUUUGUUUUUGUAUGUAUAUUCACUUUAAAAUUGUAUGUUAGUUGAUGUGUGUGUUUUGUCUUUUGAGUAAGUGAGAGAAUGUGCGUAAGAAAGGUAGAGUGUGUGCCAGUGUGACUCAGCUGCAGCUAGCCAACGCACCCAUCUGGUGCCGACACUUUAAAUCCAAAUAAAAUAGUCUCUGAGAUCAAAACUACAAUAUUGCUCUAAAUAUAGACCCUAAAAACCCACACUGCAAGGAAAUUGGGGGAAGGGGUGGGGGGCUAAAAAGUACAUGAAGAACAAGAAAAUGAUGCAAAACGCAUUGUAAUUACCAUUCAAACGUUACACAGCAAUACACAAACCUUUUCCUUACUGAUAAGAUCGGAAAAAUGCCUUCAUUGAGCACAUGGUUUGGAUGAUGUUGCAUGUAAUUAUGAGUAAUGAUAGCCCACAACACAUCAAGCAUGCGCAGAUACAGUAUGUGUCAAGACCAGUGUAGCACAUAGCUGCCUGGCCAUAUUAAAAUGUACAAAGCACUAAAUAUCCUGAGAAACUCCAAAUGGAGGCUCUUAAAUUCUUAAUUAUAUGCAUUCACCCCAAUACAAUCAUUUGCAUGCACAAACACUUGCACAAACAAUACUCAUCAUGGAGCGCUGCUUUGCAGUAAGCUUAAAUAAAACCAUUUAAAAAGAUUGCACAGGGCUGUUUAAUGUAUAUAUUACUUCAUCAGGUUUAAUUAUUUGGCCUCGGGGAAUUUGAACUGCAUUUAUGAGGCUAAAUGAUCCUGCAUUGAAAAAUCCAGAGCCUGAUACUUAUUUGCAUGUGCUCAUGAGUUUAAAGAAAUUGUAAACCCAAACUAACUCUCAUGUCGUUCCAAACCCAUAAAGCUUAUUGAUGCUCCAUUUGCUUAUUUUCAUACAAUAGCAGUUGAUAGCGACUCGCUUUAAAGCUUAAAAAAGCACCCAAAUGUGUCAUGAAAGUAGUCUAUGCGAUUUGUGCACCAUAUUCCAAGUCUUCUGAAGACAUACAAACACUUUGUAUCUUGAACAGAUCGCAAUUUACGUAGUUAUUUGCUCUAAAAACAAAAACAAAUAAUUGAUCAACUCCUGUAAACAGAACAAAUCAAAUAUGGCGAUACAUCAGUAACAUUAAACAUCAUUGGUUCUUGCACGUCUCGUGACCAAAUAUCAUGACAUCAUGAUAUAGGUGUUUUUUUUUUGUUUUUGUUUUUUUACAACCGCUGAUGUAUUUCUUCACAAUAGCAGUUGAUAGCGACUCACAUUAAAGUUCAGUGAUUGCAACAUUGUUUAAAAUAUCUACUUUUGUGUUUUGCAGAAGUGAGAAAGUCAUGGGUUUGGAACAAAAUGAGCAUGAUUUACAUUACAAAAUGUAAAUCAUGAACACAAGUUUUAUUUUAGGGUGAACUACCCCUUUAAGACACACUAUCUAGUGCAGACACCAAAUCACAAGGAUUUUGGAAUGGAAUCCAGUGAGAUUGAGUGUUAAGGUUUUAGACUGUGUUAGAACCAGCUUUUGUAUAAAUACCAUCACACACAGUCCUUCUAACCAGGCAGUUUGUGGUCCACUGUGCAGAUCUCAUCCAGUGACAUUCAAAGUGUUGAAAUAUAACUAAUUACAAUUAUGGAUAUUCUGUGUACUUGCAAUCCAGUCACAUUUGAAUUAUUUUACAUGUAAUUUUAUUUUCAUAGCUUGGUCAACCGUGCAAUAAUGCUGUAUUCUUAGAAUUAAUGCUUGAUAUAUAGGAUUAUUUUAUUGAACAUUUCUACCGUGCAGAUAAUUAAACUAAUUUUUUAAAUGUUUGCAAUGAUGCACUAAAUUAAUAAGUAUUGUACUGAAACAAACGGACAAGUGGGAGUGAGAGUCUGUGGCUAUUAUAUUUUAUAAAUGCCUUUCAAAGUUCACAACCUUUAAUGUGUUUACAGGACCUCAGCAUGGAGUUUAGUCAUAUUUACAGCAUCUUCAGCCUGUUAGUAUUCUGUUUGCAUCAAUACUGUGUUUGAACAAGGCUAUGCAGAAUGGUCAAAAACAGCACAACUACCCUAGUCAGAGCAUUAGCAGAGCUAAAUGGAGAAUGUGUUAUGUUUCAGUUUUUUUGUGCACUGCAGAAAUGGGGGGUUAAGGGUUUGAUUUAAAUGGAUCAAGGCAUGUGGACCAAAACCAUAACCAUGACACUCGGACUUCCUGACGCAGCCUUUUGUCAUUCUCAAAAGAAAAUGCCUGCUGUGUCUGUGAGCCUGUUACUGAAAGAGCUAAAUGUUUCUUUGCCAUUCAUUUCAGCUGCACUAAUCAGCUGUUUUAUUAAAGUUUGUUAUAACGCAGAUUCAUGUGAUCGGGGACAGAAUAACUUUAGCUAAUAACAAUCUUUAGAUACGUCGUGUCACGUUUUGUCUGUUUGCCGCUUGUGCAGUUUGAAUCAAGCCCAUGGUGUGUAAAUUGUCUGCUGAUAUGCCACACAUUUAAUGUAGAGUUAAGCAAUAAGUCUGCUCCUAUCCCCUUAAAUGGUUUUUAUAAAUCAUUUGCUUGUACAGAAUACAGGGUAAAAUGGUAUGUACUGUACAUGAACUCUCCUCACAUACCCUGUACAUACAGAGAUAAGCAUAUUGAAUCCACUGUUACCAUUAUUUUUC